AUGAAACAGACCGAAAACGGGCGACGGCGCGUGGUGGUGACCGGCCUCGGGGCGAUCACGCCGCUGGGCCUGAGCGCGGACGCAUUUUGGAGCAACCUGGUGGCCGGCGUGUCGGGCAUCGGGCCGAUGACGCUGUGCGACCCGACGGACUAUCCCUGCCGGAUCGCGGGACAGGCUGAUGAUUUUGAGCCGACGGACUUCAUCGACCGGCGGGAGGCGCGCCGGAUGGCGCGGUUCUCGCAGAUGGCGGUGGCGGCGGCGUUGCAGGCGGUGGCGGACUCUGGGCUGGACAUGGAGCAGGAGGACCCGUACCGGGUGGGCGUGCUGCUGGGUAACGGGAACGGGGGGUUCCCGACGCUGGAGGAGAACUGCCGGAUCCUGGCCGACCGGGGCGGGAUGCGGAUGUCGCCGUUCUUUUUCCCGAUGGUGCUGCCGAACAUGGCGGCGGCCAACGUGAGCCAGUACGUGGGAGCGCGGGGGUACAACUCGACGGUCACGACGGCAUGCGCAGCGUCCAACAACGCGAUCGGCGAGGCGCUGAUGGCGAUAAGGCACGGCGUCGCGGACGCGAUGGUCACGGGCGGGACAGAGGCCGGGAUCAGCCAGCUGGGAUUGGCGGGAUUUGCGGUGAUGCGGGCGCUGAGCACACGGAACGAUGAGCCGCAUCGGGCCAGCCGGCCCUUCGACGCCGAGCGGGACGGGUUCGUGCCGGCGGAAGGGGCGGGGAUCCUGGUGCUGGAGGAGUCGGAGCGGGCCAGGACGCGGGGCGCGAACAUCAUCUGCGAGCUGGUGGGGUUCGGCGCGACGUCGGACGCGGGGCACCUGGUCCAGCCGCAGGAAACGGGGGAAAGCGCGGCCAAGGCCAUGCAGGGAGCGUUGGACGAUGCCGGGCUGGGCACCGGUGACGUCGAUUACAUCAACGCGCACGGGACGUCGACGCCGAUGAACGACGCGGCUGAGACGGUUGCGAUCAAGCGGCUGUUCGGGGACGCAGCCUACAAGGUGCCGAUCAGCAGCACGAAGGGAAUGAUCGGACACUCGCUGGGAGCAUCGGGCGCGCUGGAAGCGGUGGCGUGCGUCAAGACCAUCAUGGACCAACGCAUCCACCCGACGGUGAACCAAGAGUCGCCGGACCCGGACUGCGACCUGGAUUACGUGCCGAACGAGUCGCGCGCGGCGGAUGUUGGAGUCGUGCUGUCGAACGCCUUCGGGUUCGGCGGGCAGAACGCGUGCCUGGUGUUCCGCCGCUGGGAGAAGUGA